AUGCACGGUCUCUUUGGCUCACAGCGCAACAAUCGAACAUUCACCAAAGAACUUUCUCGGCCAGUAUACACAGUCGACCUACGAAACCAUGGCGCAUCUCCUCACAGCCCACGGCAUGACUAUACUUCCAUGUCAGAAGACCUUGAGCACUUCAUUAGCAACGAGGCACCAAUAGUAGACUCUAAACCCAUUCUCAUCGGCCACAGCAUGGGCGCAAAAGUAGCAAUGACAUGUGCUUUACGCUCUCCACGCGCAUACAGUGGCAUCGUACCACUGGAUAACGCUCCCGUCGACGCAGCACUGAAAAGUGACUUUGGAAAUUACGUUAGGGCCAUGCUGGAGAUCGAGGCUGCCAACCCACCACUCACCAAGCAGAGCGACGCAGAUAAGAUCCUCGAAAAGUACGAGUCAAACGUGGCAAUUCGACAGUUCCUACUUACAAACUUGACCAAGGACCCGACAGAUAAGAAGAUGCUGAAAUGGAGGAUACCACUAAACACAUUAGCCAAAAGCCUGGACUAUAUGGCAGACUUUCCGUUCAAAGAUCCGGACAGUGCAAGGUUUGAAGGGCCGACGCUCGUGGUUAGAGGUGGUGCGAGCAGGUAUGUGGCCGACGAGACACUGCCUGUUUUUGGAAGAUUCUUUCCUAGGUUUGAGUUAGUCGAUAUACCUGGGGCUGGUCAUUGGGUAGUGAGCGAGGCUUUUGAGGAAACUACUAAAGCUGUGGUGGAGUGGACGAAGAGGGUUGUUGACCAAGAUGGGUAG